AUGGUUAUGGCCAAAGUAAUUAUGCUUCAACCAAUUGAAUUAGGAUCUGAUAUUAACAAUGCUGUUGAUGUUCUAACAAAAUUACCUGAUCCCAUCCCUAAAAAUACCAAUAUUGCCACUUUUCAACAUCCAAUUUUGAUUGGUUCUCAAGCUGCAAGAUAUCAUUUUCCUAGCUUUCAGAAUCCAAUUGACUGGAAUAUAAUUGCCACUCCAUCACAAGCUAUUAACUGGUUAAAUUCAUUGAAAACCAAACAUAAGACUGAAACAAAAAUGGUUUAUUACAAAAACAUUUGUAUCAAAAUUCAAUUAAAAUGCACUAUUAAUAAUGUGAAAGGCAUUGAAGAUAUUUACAACUACAAUAUAGAAGUUGUCAUUGGUCCUCAUGACAUGAAAGAAAUACUCAAUCAAGAAAUUGAGUUCUGUAAUCACAAUUCCAGCAGUAAAAUGAUUAUGGAUAUUUGUUGUGAUGAUAAAGUUAUCAGAAACAUUGCAUUUCUUCCACCAACAAACCUUGUCUGUUCAGUAGCUUCUUUAGAAGUUCUUGAAGCACUAGAAUCAUCACAUAUCAUUUGGCCUUAUUAUUUUGACAAACACAUAAAUGAUCUACACUCUUUGAGAAUAUUAUUAGGUUGCAGUGACACCAAUAUGCCAAAGUCACAACCAUUAACAGGUCCAUCAAGGAGUCUUGAUGUUGAAACAAUGCUGAAAUCACACAUAAAUGAAAUGGAAAAAAUUUAUGGAGUUCCUAUGCUCAGAUCAAAAAUGAUUUAG